AUGUCUUCACUGAAAACUUUGUCGACUAUAAAAGAAACUGAAAAAAGUGUAUUUCACGAAAAAAAACGAAAGAUAAAAAAAUUAUUUUUACGUAAUACAUCAAAAAGAAAAGAUGUUACUUCUGACACUGAAAAAUAUAUUGAAGCAACAUUAUUGAAUUCACCAUCAAUAACCAUUACAGAUUAUGAUAAGACUGUAGAUGAAGAACAGCAUGCAAUAACAGAACAAUUUUAUAAAGAUUCAGAACAAGCAAAUAGAUUCUUACGUCAAGGUGAUUACGCGUCAGCCUUUCCACUCCUUCAAAAGAUAUUUAUUCAGGAUUCUAGUAAUAUUGAAGUUCAAUAUGGAAUCGGUUUUUGUUAUGAAAAACUUAAAAUGUUUGAUGAAGCUGAAACCGUAUUUCGUAAUUGUUCCGAUUUUGAAUUAUCAUCAUUUACAAAAACUUUAACUGCUCCUUCAUCACAAAGUAAUUAUAAUGAUAGGGAUUAUACAGUGAAAUACGUUACAUUUUUACUUAAUAAUGAUAAAUUUAGUAUUAAAAGUGAUGAAGCCAUAAAACGAUUAAAAUUUGCAGCAGUACAAAUGAAUAAUGUUUCUGCAAUGUAUAAUUUAGGAAAGAUUUUGAUUAAUGGGAUGUAUAAUGUACAAGAGGAUUUUGAAGAAGGGCAAGAAUAUUUGAAAAAAGCGUAUGCUGGAGGUCAAGCCGAUAGGGCGUGGGCCGUUUAUGAAAAACGAGCAAAGAAAUUGGAGAAACAAGGAAAGUUGGACAAAAUUCCUGAUAGAGAAACUUGGGCUAAACUAUACCGCGAAUAA